AUGGCUACGUCCGGCCCCUUUAGCAUCGUUGAACAUGUCGUCCCCGGCGAGCAUAUCCGAGAGUACCCUGCAGCCACGGCGAACGAACAAGAAGAGACGCUGUAUCUGGCCGUGAAGCAGUAUAUUCCUCUAGAUAAUCCGAAUCCGCAACCGGGAGAUGUCACUAUUAUUGGAGCGCAUGCUAAUGGGUUUCCCAAGGAAUUAUACGAGCCUCUUUGGGAGGAAAUUUAUAUUCGCUCGAAAGCAAGUGGGUUUCGCAUCCGAAGUAUCUGGAUCGCCGACGUCGCGCAUCAAGGCCGGAGCAGCGUUGUCAACGAGGAUCGCCUGGGGAAUGACCCUAGCUGGUUCGACCACCCGCGGGAUCUGCUUCAUUUCAUCAACCUGAAGCGCGAUGAGAUGCCCCGUCCUCUGGUUGGAAUUGGGCAUAGCAUGGGCGGUGCGCAUCUUGCACAACUCUCCCUAAUCCACCCGCGCCUCUUCCAUACCCUUAUCCUCCUAGACCCCGUGAUCCAACGUCAAUCUAGCACACUCGAACCCCCAAGCUCCCAGCCUACCCAGCCUACAAGUCUAAUCGCCAAAACAACCCAACUCUCCACCUACCGCCGAGACAUCUGGCCUUCGCGCAAAGCUGCCGCAGAAUCAUACAAGAAGAGCCCAUUUUACCAAGCCUGGGAUCCUCGCGUCCUAGAUCGCUGGAUGAAAUAUGGUCUCCGUGAUUUACCGACAGCCAUCCACCCACUCGAUGAGUCGCAGCUGAAAGGGGAAGAUGCCAAAGACAGAUACGAAAACCACCCAGUUACAUUGACCAGCACCCUCCAUCAAGAAGUCUUUACCUUUUCGCGGCCAAACUACGAUAGGCCACCCGGGACGAAUAUUCCCGUGAACAAAGUGACGCAUCCCGAUCUAGACCCGAAGUCGUUAGAUGUAUACCCAUUCUACCGACCAGAAUCGAGAUGGAUCUUUGCGCAGCUCCCACAUCUCAGACCAAGUGUUCUGUAUAUUUUCGGCUCUCAGUCGGAUAUUUCUCUCCCAGAGGUCAAUGCGGAGAAAAUAGCUACGACGGGGGCUGGUAUCGGUGGAAGUGGUGGUGCCCAGGCUGGACGAGUACGCAACGUCAUCCUCGACAAAAUUGGGCACCUUGUUGCGCAGGAAGCGCCCAUUCAAUGCGCCGAAGCUGGCAGCACCUGGUUAGGUCAGGAGUUGCAGCGGUGGCAGGAUGAAGAUCAGGCUUUCAAGGCUGGAUGGAGCAAGAAGUCCAAGAUUCAAAAGGUCACCAUUGAUGAGAGAUGGAAGGAACACGUUCCUCCUCCUGUGAGGAAACCCAAGAAGACGUCAUCCAAGCUAUGA